AUGUUCGCAAAAGUUGGGCUUCUUCUACUGACUGCGGCGGCGGGCGUCAUGGCAGACUUCAUGGUGUACACUGAACCGCCAAUUCCCACAUCUGCCAUUCCCACCUUCGCGGACCCAGCCGACGCCUCGAGCUGGACAACCUCCGUCUUCCUCAACGCGCAAAUAGCAUACGGUCGUUUCACCGGCUCGCUCGGCGAACCCUACCAAUCCUCCCUCACAUCCGCGCGCUCCGAAAUCGACGCUUUCGUUCGAACCGCCACGAAUUACAGCAUUCCCGCCGAAGUCACCAUGGCAGACGAGACACCCACAUAUUUCUCGAGACCAGAUUGGUACACCGCGCUGCCUAGUGCGGCGAGGGCAUUCAAGGAACAGCAGGUCAGCGAUCAGUUCAGCAUCGUCAGGAGUGUUAUCGCUGCAAGGGCCCCUACAUCCACCACGGGUUCCGAGGGAGCCGCGAUGCCGACUGCAUUUGCUGGAGAGUGGCUUGGGGCUGAGUUCGGCGUCAUGGCCGCUGCGGCUGCGGCUGCCUUCUUGUGA